AUGACUGAGCUUCCAAUGGCCUUUGCAGCGUCGCCCUCAAUAAAUUGUCUGACUGCGCGGGAAUGUCAGGAACAGAGCUGUGAACACGUGGAUCCUGUUCAGGAAGCUGCAGGACAUUUGAUUUUUUUGGAUAAGCGUUGCUUACUUCACUUUUUGCACAGUCUUGAAUGGGUUGUGGAUGGCAAGAUUCUGGAAGAUAAUUGGUCACGUAGUUCUGCAGUGCAAAUGGAUAUGGCACAGGAUUGUUAA